UAUAUAUAUAUAUAUAUAUAUAUUCCCUUUACUGUAUUUUAUACAUAGUCCACUUCUACAUAUCAAAAUGAUUCCCAUAUCCUUUGCUAUCUUAUGACUUGUUGUUAAAUUUACAAGUCUCCAACGUAUUUCGUAUUUAUAUCUUAUUUUUACGUUGUAUCGACGUCAUCAGUCUAUAGAGGACAUAUGACAAGGCCAUUAUCCAUAAAACCUUUAUAAUCGAUUAUCUUAAACCCAGUCAAAAGACGGAAAUAAAGAGGUUCGAAGAUAUAUUUUAUGGCUAGUCAGUGUCGUAAAGUAUGUUAUCUAAACUGACUACUUGUUGCAAUGGAUGCGUACCAUGGUGAACCCAAUGGUGAUCUUGUACAGAUGAUUGAUUGAGCUCUUUUAGCUAGGGUGUUUCCAUUAAAACUAAUGAGGUGAAUGUUGGUGUCAAAUACGUGCAGAACUAUUUGUCGUGGGGAUUUAUCUACCACUACGCGCAAAAAGUUAUGCUCGGUUACCGUACUGUCUUAACAGUAAUGAGGGACUAUAAUGUUAUCAUUUGGUAAGUACUUUGAUAGUAGUUCGUUACUUUGCUGUUCAAAACAAAGUAGUGCACUCCACUAAGCUAAAUUGAUAAUUUCAAAUACUUGAUAUUUUCCUAAUCAAAUCUCUGUUUUCUCAAGUGUUUUCCCUGCGUAUCAUCUUUAGAAUAUUUGUCUAAGUGUUUGUUUAACGUUCAAACAAAAUUCUUAGCUACACCUAAUUUUGAUCAAUUUGAUCCAUCCAAAUAACUGAGUAUGUGGUUGUGACAAGUUAUCUUGAUAUGCUAACAAGUUGCGCCGAUUCAUCAGCUUUCAAAGCCCCAUGCGUGUAAGGUUUUUAUAUUUUGUUCGUCUCUUUGGUUUUUUGGCGGUGUUAACAGCUUUUGUCGUACUGUGGAAAUUGGGGAAUGUCUCAUAUUAUUCGGGAUCUAAAAAGGGUUUCAACCACAGUCAUGAAUCUGAUUACAACGGAAACGGCUUCAAAAAUAAAUAUGACAGAUUAAACUCAGACUCCGUUCGUUCUAUCCGGUGCAUAGUAAAUGAAAAAUUAAUACUCGGGUGCUAUUUGCUGAAAUCACAAGAAGUACUCAUACCAUUUGAAUUAGUCCGUAAUUAUUUUAAGGUUUAUGGUUCCCUUGAUUUAUCGUCUAGCACAUUUUAUUGGAAUCACGCCAAUGUUGACAUCCCAAAACCAUAUUUACAUAAACAUAAUCCUGUCGGUAUAUAUAUGCAAUUUCAUAAAUCCAAUGUAGAAAAACGAGAUAAUGUGAAAUUAAUCGUUGCAGAUGAAGGAGUACCAAUCAGUCAACAAUGGAGUUCUCGCGGUUAUCCAUAUCCAAUUCAAAUAGCACAAUUUGGCUUGAAUCAUUUCAGUCAAUUAGUAAUAUCAUCUGGUCAAGCGAAAUUUGAAAAUGUACGAAAUGUUUUGUCGUUGGACAAUAAAAAUAUGGAGUUAGAUCUUAUUGUUCCCAGUAAUAAUGUAAUUCAUCGUUGGGCUGAUAAAGAGUUUAUACAUAAAUGGAAUGACAGACUUAUGUUAUCAGUUGAUAAACUGAACUCCUAUGGUCAAGUAUUGUCAAUAAUCCCAAAGCUUCAAGAAUGGGAUUAUCUCAUUAUGAGUGGUCGUCAGUGGACAUAUGGAAGCCAUAUUGAAUUAUCACUUUUAUGGUAUCCUCCAGGUGGAAGUUAUAAGAAUUACCCUACAAAAAGUCUAAUUGUAUACAAUUGUUCAUCAUCUCCAAGUAGACAUCAAACCUAUGCCACUAUCAUUCAUAAUAAUAAAGUCACAUAUUGGAUGCCUGAAUGUGAAAAACAAGCCAAGAUAUAUGGAUUUGUUGAUAAUAUCAAGGUAGCACGUGAUCUUUACACUGAUUUAAUGAAAGUAUUCUACGCAAAUCGAAAGUCAUCGGAAUAUACUGGUUUAAGUAGUAUGAAAUUAUUGAAUACUGUUAAUGAUACUAAAAAUCCAUCUCAUGUACAAGUAUUAAAUAUAAACUUCUAUAUUAAUGCCCAAUAUAACACUAAUGAUAUCAUCAUAGAAAAAUUAUACCUUGGUAAAUUAACCAAUUUACAAUUAACAUUUCCAACUGUAAAUAGAAUAAACUUGGCAGAGAAAUUAUUUCAUGAAAUACGUUUUAUAUCUGCUGCUGAUUGGUUUAUUAAGCAUCAAGAUAAAAAGACUGGUGGUUGGUCUGUUAAUAUUCAACGUUCAUUCAAUGGUAGAAAAGCUCUAAAACCUGGAUGGUAUUCUGCUAUGGGUCAAGGUCAAGCGAUUUCGCUUCUAGUUAGAACUUAUAAUUACACUGGGAACCCAUUAUAUUUGGAAGCUUGUCAUCGUGCUUUAGAUUUGUUUAGUGUAAAUAUAAAUCAUGGAGGUAUUCGUUCGUAUUUCCUCAAUCAAUCCGAUUUAGUAUGGUUCGAAGAGUACCCGUUUGAUCCUCCAAUUCAUAUAUUAAAUGGGUUUAUUUAUUCACUCAUAGGUUUAUAUGAUUAUACCAAAUUAUUGGUGAACUCUCCAGAUCCUUUGACUUUAUCCUAUCUUUCGAAAGCUCAAAAUUAUUUAGAUAUAGGAUUAACAAGUUUGUCCAAAUUGCUCCCGCUAUUCGAUUCUGGUAGUGGGAGUUUCUAUGAUCUUCGUCAUCUUUCAACGGCAUAUAAUAAUAAACCGGUAAAACAAGGUCGAUCUAAAUUUUCUAAAAGUUCUUUUCAAUUAUCCACUGGACCCAAUCGAGCUCGUUGGAGUUAUCAUUCUGUGCACAUUAAACAACUUCAAACUUUGGCUGAUAUAGAUCCAGAACAUGCUAUUCAAUGGAAUACUACAGCUAAUCGAUGGAUUGCUUAUCUUCAAGGUUUCAGAUCUCUUGAAAAUUAAUAUGCUUACUUUUACAAUCGAAUUACUUUCAACAUCUUUGUGUUUUAAGACGGAUUCCAAUCAUUUAUACUACUGUUACAUAUAUACAUAUGCCAGCCAGUAAUUCGCAUUUAUUUUGAUAUUAGUCGUUAUACAUUAUAUGUAUACAAUAUCCAAGUGAUUAUUGGGAAUUACAUGUAAUUUCGUUUUCUUAUUUAGUAUUCACUUAAAACAAUGCUUAAACUUUUAAGAUUAAGAUAAGAGACACACCCAGUUAUCUACUGGAUAAUUUAUAAGACAUUCUUAUUGAUGGAUCACUUCAAUGUUGGUUUACUGUUUUAUAUUUUAUGACUAAAUAAACUUCCAUAGUUUC